AUGAAGAUUGAUUUUGCUCCUCUGCAUACUCCGCUACACAGGAGACUGCAGACGGCCGCCGUGCUGCAGUGGGUCUACUCCUUCCUGGGCCUUGCCCCCACCUGCAUCUUCCUCUUCUUCUACCUUCUCUUCACUCGAUUCUGGCUUGUCAGCGUUCUGUACGCCGUCUGGUGGUUCUUCGACUAUGACACUCCUGCUCGUGGAGGUCGCAGGGUACCUUACUUGUGUAGCCUCAAAAUCUGGGAUUACAUGCGGGAUUACUUCCCCAUCAAGCUGGUGAAGACCGCUGAUCUAGAUCCCAAACACAACUACGUCCUGGGUUUCCACCCUCACGGUGUUCUGGUGGCCGGAGCCUUCACCAACUUCUGCACCUACGCCACAGGGAUCCAUCUGCUGUUUCCUGGACUCACCACCUACCUGCUCAUGCUGCCCCUCUGGUUCAGAUCCCCCUUCUUCAGAGACUACAUCAUGUGUGCAGGUCUGAUUCCUUCGGACAAGGAGAGCGCCAGUUACCCGCUCUCUAAGAGGAAAGGCGGUAAUGCUGUUGUAAUUGCAGUCGGUGGCGCCCCAGAGGCCCUGGAUGCCCACCCUGGUACCUUCAAUGUGCUCUUGGCCAAGAAGAAAGGCUUCAUCAAAAUGGCCAUGGAGCAUGGGUAA